AUUUUUGAUACAUUUAAAUUAAAACUUGAUAGCUAUUAAAAUAAAUAUUUUUGGUUGUCUCAGAAUAAAGAUAUAAACCUCCUGGCAAAUCAAUCAUCUGAGUAAAGCAUGUAUAAUCCAUAAUCGAGAAAGAAAUCACAUUUGAGCCAAAGCUGGAAGUCACUGUUCAAUAUUAGGUAUUUCUUGAACAUUUAGCGUUGAUGACCAAUGUCAUAUAAAUAUUUAAUAGUGAACACAUGCACAAUUAGACGUGUUUUAGAUGUGACGAGAAAUAACAGAUUAUAUUGUAGUUCGAAAUAUAACUUGAAAGAUAAGCUGGUUCAUGAUAAUCCCGGUUGUCUCUCAUUUGGAAUUGAUUCAUUUUCAAUUGAAACGACUGUAAAUUAUCUAAUUUUAUAAUAGCAUUCUGGUUGUGAUUAAAUGUUUUAAUGGUUAGACUUACAAGAUUGUGUAACAAUUAGAUACUCUGAUCAAAAUUGUAUCAUCAAUGAUAAGUUAGCAUGUGUUAUUAUUUAUAAAUUAACCAGAUAACCGAAUUAUCAGGUUCAAAUGUAUGAAAACAAACUAAUGUUUGCAAUAAGAACUCAAUCAUAAACACUGAUUAUUACUGUUUUGGGCGUAAUUAUCUUUUCAAAAUUUCAUUUUGGUCCAAUAUUCACUUCCAGUGUUGGUUCAUUUUAAAACCCAAUAGAGUCAAAAUGAUAAUAAUUACAAUUGUUAUAACUUCAAUAGCGUUUGGCUCAAUUGAUUCAAAAUCUCUAAGUGCACUACCGCUACAAUUAAACAAAGGUAAUUGGAUCAUCGAAGCAACAUUAAUAGACGAGUCCUCAGAUGUGAGAUACUCAAUCAAGGAGUACAUUUUUUCAGGCCAAAAUAUCCGAGGAAAGAUUUCGAUAGAAUCCGAUUCAAUCAGCUCUUUGGAUGUUCAUUAUUCGACUGGUUCCAUCAAUCAAAGACUUGUUAUCUAUGAUAAUCAAUGUGAAUUGUGUACUUACACUACUCAUUGGAAUCUCAAAUUGCCUGGUGUACAAAGUUCAUUGGAAAACGAGAUUUUGCUUUUAGGGCCUUCGCUAUUAUACAGACUGGCGGACCAGGUUGUCUGGAGUACGGGUGAAGAGUCUUUGGUUAGAGGCACACUGAUGAAAAGUUUCAAUGCAGAAACAGACCAAUUCCCAAACAUUACUUAUUUUUUCAAAAGAAAUCUGCAAAUUGAAGAGGGAAGCAAACAACCAGCUAGGAUCAAAUUGACUGGUUAUGAUGAAAAAGUCAUUCGCAGCUUUGUGUUAGAUAUUAACAAACAGUAUCUAACUGACCAAGAAUUGGAUAAAAUUGUCCCGCCAACGCCAGGAAUUGGUUGUCCAAUUUACUUAACUCAUGGCUUGCCUAAACAAUUUUCAGCUGUUCCUCUCAUAACUAAAAAUCAAAUACACUUUAUUUCAAUUGAAAGGGGAUCCGAAAAAUCAGUAACUAUGAAUGAAAUUUUUGGUGAUGAAACAAAUCAAAUCGCGAGCUUAAAAACUAGAAACCAAGGAGGUGAAAGUACAACAAUUAUUGAUUACACCUUGGGAAUUGUAUAUUCAUUGAUAGGAGAUCACAUUUGUACGAUACAACCAGCUGAUUUAUCUACUCUGGGCAUUUCCGUGGAUGAUCGUAGAUUCGGGUUAGCCGCACUCUUAGGAACAAACAUUCUUUACAAAUACCUAGGCCAAGUAUUUUAUAAGAAACGCACUGGAUUCCAGGUAGAUGUUUGGGAAGCAGUUGAAUUUGGAAAGACAAUCGACAAAAAGAAAUAUGAUAAAAUCGUCACAACACAAUAUUUUGUUCCAACAUAUGCCAAAGAAUCUAUGUUUGGCUAUAUUCCAGUUGGAACAGUUACUAACUUUUACAACCAAGUCUCUUCAAGCCAUUAUCAAUUAACUGAAUCAAAAUACAAAGAAUAUCAUGAUUUUGGUCUGGAGAUUGCUGAUGCAGAAUAUGAAUCAAGAUUCCAGGUAAAUAGAUGUUAUCCAAAACCGGAAUCAAGGAAAACAUUGGCAUUUCAUUUUACAUGCAAAGAUGACUAUUGUGAUCCAAAUGCCAAUGAAAAAUAUUAUGAAAUUCUAGAUAGAAUAAAAGGCGCAAUCAUAAGGCAAGACUCAAUUUCAUCUUCAAGGAUUUCCAAUAUUGACCUAGAAUUCAGUGCGAAUAAAGACAGUGAAAUAAUAGCGUACAUAACAUUUUUAGAGGCACCUACCAUUGAAUAUUCAUUCAAAUCUAAGGAAUUUUAUCUAACGAAAUCCCUCAUUCAAAAAUCUCGGAACUUUUAUGCGGAAAAUGAUGAAGACUGUUUUAAAAAGAAUGCUAAUGUCGCCGACAAAUUCGAAGCGAUCGCUUAUUGUGCUGGAACUAAAACCUGCGUUAGGAUCACUUCCAUAAAUGAUAUAGAGGAAAAUUGGGACCAUGGAAGUUUUUGUCGUGUAACUUAUAUUCCUCUUCGAAAUUUCAAACGAUUCAACCAUGAAUUACCUCUUGAUAAGAUUCAAGAUUCGUUAGGAAGCAGUAAAAUUUCAUUUAAUUACAUUACUGGGCUAAAAUCCAUGCAGUAUCAACUUUCUCAGAUUAUUGAGACAAUAUCAAGGAAACAAGAGAAUGGGGAAGAUUUGCGACUUUUUUAUCCAGUUUAUCGUCAAUAUAAAUUGAUUGAUAAUCGUGACCAUGUCCUCGUGUCAUCCGAAGUUAAAAAUUUAGGCGAUUGUGCUCGUUCCUGUUUGCAUUCAGUUGAUAACAAAUGUGCCACAUUUGCAUUCUGUACGUAUCCAGAUAGAAUGGAGUGUCUUACAUCAACAAUACCUUCGUUAAAUAUGUCAGACCAGCAGCAGUCCUUCGAUGCUUCUUGUUCAAUUUAUAGUGUGAAUAAUUUAAAAGAUUAUAUCAAGAUACCUAAUAGAAAGUUCAUAAGCGCUUCCACAAUUCAAACUCUAAGUCCGAAAUCUCAUUGUGCUUCAUUGUGUUCUUCAAAUGAACAAUGCAAAUCAUUUCAAUUCUGUUUUGAUGAUUAUUCGUGCAUUUUUAAUGGACCUUACACUGACUCAGCUUCUCAAUACAGUACUACUUGUGAUAUUUAUAUUCCUGAUGUUACACAAAAAUACUCAUUCACUGGCAAAAAAAUUGUCUCUGAAACUUUCCACACCGAACUAAAUUUGACUUUAAAUCAAUGUGCAGCUCUUUGUCAUGACUGGAAUACUAUUGAUGAGAUUUGUCAAUCUUUUAAUUACUGUCCCAAAAGUAAAACAGAGAGCUCAUGUAAUCUAUCAAAAUAUUCAGUGAAGGAUUCCGCAGCCGAAACGACGGAAUCAAAUAUUUGUCACAAUUACAUUAAAACCGAAGACAGAAAUGUAAAAAAACAACCUUACAAGGCAGUCAAAGAUUCAAACAAUCUGAACGUGUUUGUUUUUAUUGUGUUAUUUUUUGCUCUCGGGUUGAUGACAGGAUUCGGAACACCAUUCAUCUAUACUAAAAUUAAAUCACUGAUUUCUCCGUCACAAGGCGAUGAAGUUCCAUUAGAAAUGAAGAAAAGUGAAAUUAAUGAAGAAGGUGAUGAGAUUACGCCAGUAUAAAUGAUCUACUCGGUAUAAUGUAAAAAUUUAUUUAUUUAUUUAAAAUUUGAAUCAAAUAAAUACUUUUUUUACUCUUAUAAAAA